CAAAACUUUUUGCUUUUCUUAUUUGCUUAUUCUGCUGCUAUUUUCUUAAUUGACUUGUAUAUUCUGUUCUCCAUCUUGAUUAAUAAAGCCAUUGAAUCAUCUUCUGCAUUAAAAGCAAACCAAAACUACAUUUCCAUCUGAUCGCCUCUUAUUCUUAUUCCUCGCUGACAGAGAAAAGAUAAACAUGCUUUUAUAACUCAUGAACAAACUUUUUUACUUGAUUCCUGUUCUUUAUUUUUUUUGUUCAUUCAUUCUCCUCCUUCUUUUUGUUUGCAUAACAAGCACUUUGCCUGUUCCUGAACCCUUCCACGCUGAGCGUUAUUCUCUGUUUUGCUCUCUGGUCUAUUUUUCUUGUUGGCCGGCCUUCUUUUUUUUUUGCGACCUUAGUUCCUGUCCUUAUUGUAAAUACUUCACAUAAAAACGAGCUCGGGUACAGCAGCUGAAUUUAAUUUCUAAAGUAAAGAAGCCAUGGGACUACCAGUGGGUCGCAAUCUCGAGGAUGAAUUGAUGACAAAAAUCAAGCGACUGUUUGACAGGAUUCUCGACACUGUCAAUAAAGAAAAUCCAUCUUAUACCUUUGAUUUUGAGCAAUUGGUGGAUUGUUUUGAUGAAAAUGACCCUUUCACUCGACGUGUAUUCGACUUUCUGGUUAAGGAGACUGCACUUCGUUACAGAGGGUCUCAUCCGAAUGCUCGCUCACAGCCUCGUCCACACACCAUCCACCACUAUGCCAUGCCAGAUAACCGAGCCCUUAACAGCAUCGGAAACAACGACAACAGCACAGACAUUAGCAGUAAUAGCAACAACAGCCUCGGUCCAGUUAGCAUUGCCACGCAUCGACACCAUUAUCACGCUCAGCGCUCAUCAGGCAGCACAUCCUCAAGUGAGAGGGAUUUAACAUUGAGAUCAACCACAAGUGCUGCUGGCUCUCCUAUUACCUCAGAAAAUGCGCCAACAUCUAGCUCCUCAGGAGCCGCACUGAGAUAUCUCCUUGCAAACCAAGGCUUCGGAAGUAGUUCAUCCAGACGCGCUAGAAUGGCUCAAAGAUCCUUGUCACAAAGUUUGUACACUUACCAGCAAGGUCAAUCCUCACUCCUGGGGGCCAUGAGCGCACUAUCAAACUCUUCAUUCACUGAAAACGGAGGAUCAGCGCAAAAUCGGACCCAACAGGAUAAUGAGGGGACGAGCGGAUCGUCAGGCUCUACGAGUGUUACUGAUGUGACUGCAUCCGCAAUAGGAUCAUUAAGGAGGCCAUCUAGACGCGGAGAAACUCUUGAAAGACAGCGCGCUUUUAUCUUCCGACCACCAUCCAGAGCAGGUGACCUUUCAACGUCCAUGGAAAGUGCACCGGAUAGUUUUCGGAUUGAAGGAUGGAAUCCAUCAACAUCAAGUAUAUCCUUCACAUCUGAGGUCUACGAGCCAGCUUCUGGCGAGAUGCAUGGAGUCCGCUCGAUGCGUAAUAUGCAGGAGCAUUUCGCCCAGGAGUUACGUCAGGAGCACAUUCGACAGUUUUAUAUUCAGACUUUGCAAGCUAGAGGGCGACAAAGGCAGCAGCAAGCGUCUCAACAAUCACCAUUACAGGAGGCAUAUCGCAGGUUGCAUGGUGAACAUGUGUUGCCCUCUGAAGAUUCUUCCCAACAAUCACAGCAACAGCAACAGCAACAGCAACAGCAGUCAUAUCAAGCCUUUCAACGGUCACAGACUCCGCAUCAACCACGAUACCAACUCCGUGAAAAUGGUUUGAUGCUUGUUCAGUACCCACCAAGUUCGCCGUCCUCAACUACCACAUCCGAAAGCACUAUCAACCGAGAUGCAUCUCAAUCUGCUCUCUCUACAUCGAGCUCUAGUCUAGGCUCUGGUUUACAAGCCCCCUUAGAAGAACGCUACCUCGAGUUUAGUGACAGUACAGAACGAGGCCGAGCUGCUAUGCGAAAUGCGCUUGCUACGGGAUUGAAUAUUGAAGAAGACCAUCAAAUUUUGUUGACGGGCGAGAUGAGCCGACGUAGAAGGAGACGUGUUAUCGGACGUUUUUCCAAUAUGAACGGGUCGCCUGACAUUGCUUCAGAUAAUUCAAGCGCCAUCAUCAGCCAGUCGCAGCAAGAACAGGAUCUAGGACAGGAAGGGCCACAGGGCCAAGAUCAAUCAUCCUCAACCGGAUCUACAGAACUCACAAAUGAAAGUUCACUAGAGCCUUCUAGCUCGCACAGCGAGUUGCAUCGUAGUAGACAGCAAUCAACUGAAGAUACUGUUACUUUUGAAGACCACAAUUGCCCAGCGAUUACCAUAUCAUCUCCAAAUAAUCAGCCAAUAACGUCACAACCUACUACAUCAAUACCAACUUUAAUGCUGAACCACAUUGAUAGUAAUGCGGCCCCAGCUAUCACUUCAAACAGCACUAGUAGUGCAAACACAGAGAAUAUAUUGCGGAGCCAUGAGGGUUUAGAACUAGACCCUACGCAGGAAGAGGAUGGACAUCGACAUCGCAGCGUACCUCCAACGCCUCCAUCCCCAAAUCCGAAUCGCAAUCCGAUGCCAACAUUCCAAGAUCGAAGGCGUUCCUCAAUUAACCCUGCAGAUAUUGAAGCCGUGGUUCGUGAGAUGGAAGCCAAUGCUCAAUCGAGGGCUCGCCUUGCAGUACAGACCAUGGCUCCAAUUGCGGAGCCGGUGAGUACAACUGCAACUACGUCUGUUGACACUUCUGCGCGCCCUUUACCGUUACCAUCGCCACCACAGACGGAGCUAGAUAGCGAAGGGACGGUUUCUCGAGCAACACCUCCUCUUCAAUAGCACAUUUCUUUCUUUCUUUCUUUCUUUCUUUCUUUCUUUCUUUCUUUCUCUCUCUCUCUCUCUCUCUCU